UUCAUCCAUAUAUAUUCAAACUAGCCAGCUUUCACAUUAGAGCCACCAUCUUCGUCUUCGUCUUCUUUCUCCUAUAUAUACACUGACAUAUUCCACAAAUUCAUAUCAAUCAACAAUAACCUUGACAUUUUUACGUUCAGCCUACUCAAAUGGCAAUGAAGCUGGGUUUACCCAUCAUAUUCCUCUUCUUGUACUUCUCACCAAGAGUAUUAUCAUCUACUGUUGCCUCUAGUAGCAUAGAUUCAUGGUGCAACCAAACCCCAAAUCCUGAACCAUGCAAAUAUUUCAUGAACCAAAUCGCUCAAAACAGAAACCACUUUCGUUUCCCAAAAAAUAAAUCCGACUUUCUUAAGUUGGCAAUUGACUUGGCCAUGCAAAGAGCCCAAACUGCUCAAAGCCAAAACAAAUGGUUAGGCAAAAAAUGCCGCAAUGAAAAAGAAAAGGCAGCGUUGGCUGAUUGCUUGAAACUCUAUGAAGACACCAUUAUAAACCUUAACCACACAAUCGACCCAUCCGCAAAAUGCACUGAUUACGAUGUUCAGACAUGGUUAAGCACAGCUUUGACUAAUCUUGAAACUUGUAAAGCUGGGUUCGUUGAGCUUGGGGUUACUGAUUUUAUGUUACCACUUAUGUCUAACAAUGUUUCUAGCCUAAUACGUAACACUUUGGCUAUAAACAAUAGCUCCACAUCGGUUUUGCCACAAACAUAUAAAGAUGGGUUUCCUCAUUGGGUAACUUCCGGCGAUAGAAAGCUGUUGCAGACAUCGUCACCGUCGCCGAAUCUUGUGGUGGCUCAAGAUGGUUCAGGGAACUUCCGGACUAUAAAACAAGCACUUGAUGCUGCUGCAAAGAGAAGUGGAAGUGGAAGGUUUGUGAUACAUAUUAAGAGUGGGAUUUAUAGAGAAAACCUUGAGAUUGGUAACGACAUGAUCAAUAUUAUGCUUGUUGGUGAUGGGUUGAGGAACACUAUUAUCACCGGUAGCCGGAGUGUUGGAGGCGGUUCUACUACUUUCAACUCUGCAACCGUCGCUGUGACCGGAGAUGGAUUCAUUGCGCGUGGCAUUACAUUCCGAAACACGGCCGGUCCCCAAAACCACCAAGCAGUAGCCCUCCGAUCAGGUUCCGAUCUCUCAGUCUUCUACCGGUGCGGCUUUGAGGGUUACCAAGACACCUUGUACGUCCACUCACAGAGACAAUUUUACAAAGAAUGCUACAUAUACGGCACCGUAGACUUCAUAUUUGGCAACGCAGCUGUCGUUUUGCAAAACUGCAUGAUAUACGCAAGAAGGCCAAUGGACAAGCAGAAGAACGUAGUAACAGCUCAAGGCAGAACCGACCCAAAUCAAAAUACAGGGAUUUCAAUCCAUAAUUCUCGAGUCAUGGCUUCACCAGACCUUAAACCAGUGCUUAGCUCAUUCAAAACAUAUUUAGGCAGGCCAUGGAAGCAGUAUUCUCGAACAGUUUAUCUCCAAACUUACCUGGAUUCUUUGGUGGAUCCAGCAGGAUGGCUCGAAUGGGACGGUGAUUUUGCGCUAAACACUUUGUACUACGGAGAGUAUAAGAAUGUGGGUCCUUCUGCUUCAACCAGUGGAAGGGUUACGUGGCGUGGCUAUAGAGUUAUAACAAGCUCUACUGAAGCUAACAGGUUUACUGUUGCUAAUUUUAUUGCCGGCGGAUCAUGGUUGCCUGCCUCCAGCGUCCCUUUCACUUCCGGUCUUUGAUUUUUCUUUUAAAUUAUUUUUUAACUGUAAUUUUUAAUUUGUUUCUUCUUUGAAUUUUUCAAUCAUUUUUCAUUGUACUUAAUUGAAAGUUCCCAGAAUAAUUUCUUUGCAGUAAUAACAAGACUCUUCUGAUUAUAUAUACAUACUGUAG